AUGUACAACAUUUUAAUUACAAUUAGAAACGGUGGUAAUAAAUCAAAUUCUUUUAAAAGUAAGAAUAAGUUACAAUUUUUAAACAAUAAAUCUUUAACUUUGAAAAAGAAUCAGUUUAACUCAUCCUCUCUUUUAAAGUGUAAGAAGCAAAACUUUAAGCAACAGCAGCAGGUAAAAAGAGUAUGUCGUCGUUUGGUUUGUCCGUCCGCUCCAAUCAACACAACAUCGUAUCUUAUCGGUAUGAUUGAGAAGAGAAACAACAAGCACCAACAACAGCCACAACUCUCCAUCUUGGGUGAGUAUUCUUCUGCUCUCCAUGUGCCAGCUCCAAUUGUUACUUCCGCACCGUUAUCAUCGUCAUCGUCGUCGUCAGUGCAUAAUAUUGAUAAUAAUAACAACAACAAUAGCUAUUCAUUCGAUAUCACUGAUUUCGAUACACACGGAUCAAUGUUUGGAUUAAUCAAUAAUAAUUUUUUGAUCGACAACAUUGCUCACAACAACAACAUUUAA